GAGGAGAAGAAGGAGACGUCGUCGUCGUCGUCCUCCAUGUUGGGAAGCGGCGGUUCUUUUCCGUCGGCGGCGGGGGGGCGUCGUUAGCGGGGGUGGGGCCGCAGCGAAGAUGGAGGCCCCGCCGCGCCCCGCCGGGGACAUCGUGAGGAGAAACCCGCAGCAGGACUACGAGCUCAUCCAGCGGGUGGGCAGCGGCACCUACGGCGACGUCUACAAGGCCAGAAAUGUACAUUCAGGAGAGUUGGCUGCAGUAAAAAUUAUCAAGCUAGAGCCGGGAGAUGAUUUUUCACUGAUACAGCAAGAAAUAUUUAUGGUAAAAGAAUGUAAACAUUGCAACAUUGUAUCCUACUCUGGGAGCUAUCUCAGUCGUGAAAAACUAUGGAUCUGUAUGGAAUACUGUGGUGGAGGAUCACUCCAAGACAUUUAUCACGUUACUGGACCGUUAUCUGAAUUACAAAUAGCCUAUGUUUGCAGAGAAACUUUACAGGGACUUGCCUAUCUACACACAAAGGGAAAAAUGCAUAGAGAUAUCAAGGGUGCAAAUAUUUUACUAACAGACCAUGGUGAUGUAAAAUUGGCUGACUUCGGAGUAGCAGCAAAAAUCACAGCUACAAUUGCCAAGAGGAAAUCUUUCAUUGGUACCCCUUACUGGAUGGCUCCUGAAGUUGCAGCAGUAGAGAAGAACGGUGGUUACAACCAACUCUGUGAUAUCUGGGCUGUAGGCAUAACAGCAAUUGAACUUGGAGAACUCCAACCCCCCAUGUUUGAUCUUCACCCAAUGAGGGCCCUGUUCUUAAUGACCAAAAGCAAUUUCCAACCUCCUAAACUAAAGGAAAAAACAAAAUGGUCAUCAACAUUCCACAAUUUUGUCAAAAUAGCACUAACCAAAAAUCCCAAAAAGAGACCGACAGCUGAAAGACUUCUAACUCACAAUUUUGUAGGACAGCCUGGUCUCUCAAAGGCACUAGCAGUUGAACUGCUAGACAAAGUCAGUAAUCCAGAAAAUCACACGCAUUACAGUGAAGGUGAUGAUGAUGAUUUUGAGCCUCUUGCUGUUAUUCGUCCCACCAUUCGUUCCACAAAUCGGAAUGCUAGAGCUGAGCGGACAGCAUCAGAGAUUAAUUUUGACAAACUUCAGUUUGAGCCUCCUUUACGAAAAGAGACAGAAGCACGCGAUGAAAUGGUGUUGCCAACUGGCCCUGGCUCUGUGCUACAGUGGACUCCUUUUGCUGAUGGAUUAAAUACCAGCAGAUCAACUUUAAAACGUGCAGUGCCACCACCACUACCUCCUAAGCCAAGAAUAAACAGCUACCCUGAGGACAACCUCCCGGACGAGGAAAAGUCAUCUACCGUAAAACGCUGUCCCGACUCAGAAAACAGAGCCCCAUACGUUUACAGAAGACAGAGUGUUCCCAUUUGCGGUCCUCACGCAGAGGCUUCCUCUGUUGGAAAUGGAGACAGUGUUCUGAAACUGAUAAGUGAAAACGCAGAAGGAUUAGGACCAGCCCCACAGUUACCUCGAAAAAAGGACAAACGAGAUUUCCCUAAACCAGCCAUCAACGGCCUCCCACCAACCCCAAAAGUGCUGAUGGGAGCCUGUUUUUCCAAAGUUUUUGAUGGCUGCCCUUUGAAGAUUAAUUGUGCAACAUCGUGGAUACAUCCUGAUACGAAAGAUCAGUAUAUCAUUUUUGGAACAGAGGAUGGCAUUUACACGCUGAAUCUGAAUGAACUUCAUGAGGCAACCAUGGAACAGUUAUUUCCAAGGAAGUGUACGUGGCUGUAUGUUAUUAAUAAUACUUUAAUGUCAUUAUCAGAAGGAAAAACAUUUCAGCUCUACUCUCAUAAUCUGAUAGCUUUGUUUGAACAAGCCAAAAAACCUGGAUUAGCUGCCCAUAUUCAAACCCACAGGUUCCCGGACCGAAUAUUACCAAGGAAGUUUGCCUUAACAACAAAGAUUCCUGAUACAAAGGGCUGCCAUAAAUGCUGUAUAGUGAGAAACCCUUACUCAGGACAUAAGUACCUCUGUGGAGCUUUGCAGUCUGGAAUUGUUUUACUCCAGUGGUAUGAGCCGAUGCAGAAAUUCAUGUUGAUAAAGCACUUUGAUUUUCCAUUACCAAGCCCCCUGAACGUAUUUGAGAUGCUCGUGAUCCCAGAGCAGGAGUACCCCAUGGUAUGUGUCUCCAUUAGUAAAGGCACCGAGCCAAAUCAGGUGGUUCAAUUUGAGACAAUCAAUUUGAACUCUGCAUCUUCAUGGUUUACAGAAAUUGGUUCAGGUAGUCAACAGUUAGACUCCAUUCAUGUAACCCAGCUGGAAAGAGACACUGUUCUAGUGUGCUUGGACAAAUUUGUGAAAAUUGUGAAUCUUCAAGGGAAACUGAAGUCAAGUAAGAAACUGGCCUCUGAACUAAGUUUUGAUUUCUGCAUUGAGUCUGUAGUUUGUCUUCAAGACAGCGUUUUGGCUUUCUGGAAACAUGGAAUGCAGGGUAAAAGCUUCAAGUCAGAUGAAGUUACCCAAGAGAUUUCAGAUGAAACAAGAGUCUUUCGAUUACUAGGAUCAGACAGGGUUGUCGUACUGGAAAGCAGGCCCACAGAAAAUCCCUCUGCUCACAGCAAUCUCUACAUCUUGGCUGGGCAUGAAAACAGUUACUAAACAACAGCAGCCCAACUCAAAUGACAGGGAAAUGAAUACAUCCCAUAUGGGGGGGGGGGGAAAAAUCCCUUUAAGGAAAUUUAAUCCCAGCUGGACUAUGACUUGGGGGUGAUAUUUCAGUGAUCUGUACUUUAGGGUGGGAAUCAAUACUUUCUGUAGCUGGCAACAGCUCUUCUAUCUCUUGCCACUGUGUGGUGGUUUAUAUCAAGUUUGCUUAAUAAAAGCUAUGAGACACAGAAUACUCUUCUCAGUGCCAGGAAACGUAGCCUUUAAGAAAUAACGUGUGCCACUAGGAUGCCAGGGCGUUUUAAGAUGUAGUUCAUACGUGAUGCCUUUAUAUAAAUUAAGUACUGACCGUUUUCUCCUUUUAUACCAAGUUGUAGUUUUAAUAAACCCGAGCUGUGUAGGAAGUAUUGGCCAAGCCUAUCACUUUUAAAUCAGCCAUUCUUUAGGGGUUUGUAAAAUAGAAUAUUUAAUCCUUAUUUAUUAAUCUGCUGCUAGAAUGUUGUAACGUAUCUAAGUUUUAGCAAAGGAAGGUUACAGAGCAGCUUAUGAUUUUUUACAAUUGUAUAAAUGAUGGUUAUUCUUUUCCUGUAGGGGCAGUGCAUUUUUGAGGGGUAAAAUGCCAUUUUUUUUUCCUGUAUAAUUGCGGUUUUGUACAACAAAAGUAUUUUAUAAAACAUUUUCAUGCAGAAUUGCCUUAAAAGGGAAUUUCAUAUCCUGAAGUAUCAAGGGUUAUAGGGUGCAUUCAUAAGUGUAAUGAUUGAAAUAUUAGAGGCGUGUGUGUAGCACUGCGUGUGUACUUUUGUGUGACUGUACUGGUGUGUGUAUUCUUGACAAGCAGUAUAAUAUACUUUUUGUUUUUGCAUUAGGGAUAACAACUGGUUAAAAAGCAUAUGCUAGUACACGUUAAGUCCUCCCUAAUGUAGGAAAAAAAGUAUCUCACUGUCCAUGACAUGUAUUUUAUUUGUGCUAUGCCAGAGGAAUGCCUGUAGAGCAACUAUACGUACACUGUUAAAUUUCCCCUGUGUGAAGUUGCUCCUUUUGGGAAGUUUGAAAAAUCAUUUUAAUGUCACUUAAUUCCUGGUGGGAUAGCAUAAAUAUAUAGUAAACAGUAUUCUAAAAAUGAAACGAGUUUAGGGUCAUUCUAUUUUAGUUAUUUUUUUUCUGCCAACUUAUUUCUUCAUUAAAGAAUCACAUUACUUUCA